AUCAUUAUGCAUGUGUUUUUAAUGCAUUAACUUUGUGAUCUUUGUAUUUUCUUGAGAUUUAUUUUGUCUUUAUUGAGACAGAACAGUAUAGACUGACAGGAAGCGAAGUUGGAAAGCUGGGUCACCCAAAGCACAGUUGAGUCUACAGGCCCUGGCGAAUCUUUAGACGGCUUUACAUUUGAGACUUUACAUGUUCUGAGAGAGUCUCAGCUCAAGCACUCGCUGUCCUUCGGGCACAGACUGACACUCACUGGAGUAUUUUCACAGGAGAGUGUUGCAUUACGCUGCUGCGUCUGUGACAGAAUCACUCAACUGCACAUCAUUCAGAUAAUUGAGCUGAGGUCUGAAGUCGCUGGACAGGAUUAUCCCAGUGGCCCGAGCCAGACUAUAAAUCGGAGGCUGAUUCUGAGGUGGGGAAUCUUUCGAGAGAAGCUGCAGGAGAACAGAAGCGGUUGAGAUGAACUCGGAUGCUAUGACGCGCGGCCUGCUCUUCCUGUCUCUGGUCGUGACCGGCGUUCCAGGCAACACCGCCGUCAUCUGCGCCUUCCUCUCGGUGGCGUAUCACGAGGGUCGCCUCUCGCCCGCUGAUGCCAUCGUGCUGCACCUGACGUCUGCCAACCUAAUGGUGGUGUGCGUUCGCUGUCUGCUGGAGGUCCUGGCCACGUUUGAGAUCCACAAUGUGUUUGACGACACCGGCUGCAAGGCGGUCAUCUUCGUCUACCGCAGCUCCAGAUCUCUGUCCAUCUGGCUGACGUUCCUGCUGAGUGCGUAUCAGUGCCUGAGCGUCGCUCCGCCGGGCUCGCGUUGGGCCGCCGCCCGUGCUCUGCUCGCGCAGUACCUGGCCUUCAUCUUCCUGGCGCUAUGGCUAAUCAACACCUCCAUGAGCGCCGCCCCGCUGCUGUUCGCCAUAGGGGCCCGGAACGACUCCAGACUCCUGCAGAACGGGAUCAACGUCGAGUUCUGCUUCCUGAGCUUCCCGUCCAAACUGUCACGGGACGCCAACGGCGCGGCACAAGUGGGACGAGACGUGGUGCCGAUGGCCCUGAUGGCGACGGCCAGCCUGGUCCUGCUGGCGUUCCUGUACCGCCACAGCCGGCAGGUGAAGGGUCUGCGGGGCGGCGGGGCGAGGCAGGGCCCGUCUGCGGAACGCCGCGCCGCCGUCACCGUCGUCACUCUAGUCACGCUCUACCUGCUGUUUUACGGGGUGGACAACGGACUGUGGGUUUAUACGCUGACCGUGCCUCAGACGCUGGGCUCCUCGCUGAUCUCGGAUCUGAGGAUCUUCUUCUCGUCUCUGUAUGCCGCCGUCAGUCCCAUUGUGAUCGUCGUCUCUAACAGGAAAGUCAAUAAACAGUUGAAUUGUGGGAAAGAGCCAAAGACGUUCUCGGAUGCAGCUCAGCCCAGUGACUAAUGGACAGUCGCAGACUAAAUGACAAAACAUGAUGGACGUCAUUUGACUAUGUGGGGAACAUUUAAGGGCUCGUCAUGUGUUAGCCAUCUUUAAUAAUGUCGGGACAUAGGGGGGGUGAGAAUUCAGUUCAGUUCCUGAAUAUGUCAGGGGAAACUUUAUGAAGCCUUGUUUAAAUGUUUAAAAAAAAAUCCUUGAAAGGUUUACAGCCUUCAUGGACAGAGAGAUUCAUUUCUAGAUGAAUGGAUAUAGUUGGCCAAGACUUUUUAAAUUUAUGCUAAUAAGGAGCCACUCCUUCAGUUCACAUUUGCUAGGAACAGAUGCUCAUGUUUCUGUGAAUGUACUUGUAUCUGUCAGCAGCUGGUGUCUGAGACAAACAUGUCAAACUAACUUGAUAUCUAACUGUAUGGAAAUGAAUAUCUUUGUCAUACUCAUUCCCAGAUGGUUUUAUUUGUAAUCCAGGCUUUACAUUCACACAAUGCGGUUUUCGAACAUUCGAACACUCGUCCACAGACUGACUCUUUCAGGAAGGUCACAGUGUUUUUCCCCAGAUGUUGUUCUCCGUGUGUCGUGUUCUUCAUUCCACUGAAAUCUGAUCCGUUCCAACAGACUCCGGUGGAAUGAAGGACACAAAUCACGGAUGGAUCCGCAUGAGUCCAGACACACUGAGAUGAGCUCCAGUGAUCUGU